CUCCUCCCCAACAGCAACAACACGGUCAUAGCGCCAGUCCAGGGCUCUUGUACAUAGGGCAAGACAGAAGCUCAGCGCACGGGACUGACUCCAAAGGGUUCUAGAGAAAGAGAGGCAGCCCCUUUCCCCUUCGGCGCUUUGUGCGACCCAAGACACUCACAAACACUCAACAAAAAAAACAUGGACACCGUGUUGUCCAACGCAGGCGCCAUCUCAAAAGUGAUCCUCGAUGGGACAUCCUUUGCCGCGGAUGCAGACAUCUCCGGCAUGGUGGAGGUGACUGUUCCCCGCGGCAAAGAAAUCUCCUCCGUCCAGCUGGAACUCUGCAGCUGGCGGCAUAUCGCUCUCAAGAGAACGACAGCCGGUGCCGGCAAGGCUCAAGGUGAAAAGUCGCAUGUUGAGCAGCUCACCCGGCAAACACUCGAGUUGUUUCCAAACUUGGAUAUUGGCGGCGCAGGACGGAAUGGGCAUGAUACAAAGACCUUGAAGGAUACGGCCAUCUUUACCUUUCGCUUUGUUGCGCUACAGCCAACGAAAGCGCCCACUACGGAAGCCUUUGCAACAGGUCGCAUCAAGCACUACAUGACUUGCUUUGUACACAAGCGGGCCGGCCUGCUCAACCGGGAAAAACUCAUGGAAAAGAACCAGUUCCAAAUACCCAUCACGGCACCAGUCCUUGAAGUUGAUGCUUUGUUUCCGGACCGCACAUUCACUUCACUAGAAGCAAGACCCAACGCCGCCAAUGUACAGGACUAUGCUUUUCGUGUACGUUGCAAUACUCACCUCCUCUCGGGCUUGCCCUUUCUAGUGGAAUGUGAUAUUGCAAAUCACGCAACAGCUCGUAGCAUCACGCUUUCUCUUCAUCAACGCGCAUUUGCUUCCAUCGGUAAGAUCGAAGAGGAACAGUUUUAUCGCUCCCUCUACGUUCAUGAAGCAGCACGACCAGAACCCGCACGCGACGGUCAUUUCCGUGGGAAAUCAUCACCACGCCCAUUAGCGUAUGGACAGAAAGUCUAUCUCGUGGAAUGGACUUGUCCGCGUCGAGACUCACGUACACGAUUACCAUUCAAGGAGACGUUGUAUGCGAAAACAGCAGAAGCGAAUCUCGAAUGUGGUUUGUCGUUACGUGUUGAGAUGGACCUCGAGAAUGGCGAUCGGCUUGUAUCUGUUGUGCAUGGCAUUACUUAUGUUCCUGAUUGGAUUGAUGCUCGUUCAGAUCGACAAAGUACGUCGUUAAGACAGGAACGCAGUAUCAUGCAAGAUUCUCAAUCUCCAGCCAGCAGUCUCAUGACAACCGGUAGGCGUCUAUCUACAGCCAGCUCGCAAAGUGAUCUCAAGACUAGCCCAGGUUUUGCACCCCCUGGCUUUUCAAGUUUCCGAAGACCACAACAAGCGUCGUCGCAUCUUCGACACGCCUCUCAUGCUUCCUCACUGGUACCAGGCAUUGGAACUGGCGAGAGCUACUUUGAAAGGCAGCGUUCUCAGCUGGCUUCAUCUCGUGGUGGCUUGUCACCUCGAACACCGAAUGAAUUCGAUCCAGUCUUGACACAUGGAACGUAUGCGCCUCCUCGAGCUGGCGCAGUACGAACAAUAGCAACGCAGCAGCCACAGCUUUUUGGCUCUGUAGGAGCACAAACUCAAGACCCAGGCAUCGUGUCUGGUAGACAAUCCGUGAGUCGAGACACUAGGCCUGAUCAAAUCACACUACCACCAGCGAGUGUUCGUUCAAGCAUGUCUAUGGCUUUUGAACACAUGAAUCUCGCUGGUAGUGGUCCUGUGAGUGCGAAUGCGAGUAGUCAAGGCGCACGGUCUCCAUUGAUUGGACAGGAGGGUGUCGCUGCCUCUAUCCAUUCCAUUCGCUCGCUUCCACCGGGUACACCACCCCCUCCAAGUCAACCAUUGCCGCCGCCACCACCACCGACAUCGGGGGGUAGUCAACGGAGCGCCUUUACUGGACUCGGUCUUCUCUCUGGCAGCUCAAGACCUGUCUCUAUCCAUCAACCAGCUGCCCCACCAUUUGUGAUGAGUCAAGCGAAUGGUCGGUCGGGUGGCAGUCCUGCAGCUAGUGUAGCGAGUCUUGUUUCACCUGUUGCAGGUGGACUUGACGAUCGUCCUGCAUCACGACUCGGUGGUCGUUCAUCACGCGCUAUUCGACCAGCUGUUGUAUUGGGUAUUUCUCAAAGUACCAUCCAGACCAUGCAAUCUAGAGAUGACGGGGGCGUCAGCGGUAGCGGUAGCGGUAGCGGUAUGGCUGCCCCUACUGCGGUCGAAUCACCCGUUGUACCACUCUCAUCGAUGCUCUCGCACGGUUCUGCUAAUGGAGCAGUUGCUGGACCAGAGUACCAUACGGGUUCUGUGACGGGUAGUCCAUCGAUACAUGGUGGAUCCUUCGAUGUAGCAACACGUGUCACGUCAACGGCUCUGGAUGGACAUGCUGCACCUGCUCCUGCGAAUGCGAGUUUAUCAUCUCGUGCGGGAUCUGCAGGUCUAUCACCACCGAGUCGGAGUCGAACACCAAGUUCAGUGCCUGCUGCUGGAACCACAGCAGGAUUGGUUCAGGGCUUAUUCAACAUGUCUGGUGGUGGUAAACGAGCCAGUGAGACGCCUGAUGCUGUGUCGUUGAGGGAUUCAGGGUAUGCUGGGUCGACUGUUGCUAUGCAGCGGGGGACACCACCGACGCAGCGGUCUGUACCGCAGCCACAAUCGGAGUUGGAGCAGCAUCAGGCCGGGAAUGAGAUCUUGCUUGGCUGAAUCUUGUUAUAGAUGAUUUUGAAUUGAAACAAGUAUGUAAGUGUAUGGGAAUGUCUGGGCUGUAUCUACGUUGAAAUAGGAGCCACACGCAAGCCAAU